AUUUGAAAACCAGCGGACUGCUAUUAUUUAUAUUUUGAACGUCGUUUACACAACCAUUGUGCUUUUACUCCAGCUCAUAGCCUCUCCAGUGCUGGCUGGGAAGUAUACCUAUGAGAUGAUUAGUCUUAUACGGGCAUGUGGGGUGAUGAUCGCUGGACUAUAUUUGUUCGAACUGACGUAUCGACCAUCCAUGAGGUGGCAACUCAUCACCCAUCACGUUGUUACCAUCUUCGCUAUAAUCCUGCUCCAACCACUGAGCAGUCCAUCUUCAUUGCACUUCUAAUGUAUCGUUUCCGUUUCCCAAAAAAUAUAACAAACUUUGCAUUGGAGUUCUCAGCCGUGCAGUCACUUCUCUGCAAGUUUGCAUUCGGAGUCUAUCUGUUCGUUAAGUGGAGCAAGACCCAAGCGCGAAAUAAUACCUUAAAAAUGGAUAUCGCGACAAACGCAUUGAUGGUCAUCCUGCUGAGCUGUUUGAUGGUCGUUCAAGUAUAUGGUUCGUACAUUGUAUGGAGGAUUGCCCAGACACUCGAUCGAAGAUACGAGCAGAAAUCAAACUCGGAUGUGGAGAAAUCCUCGAUCACGCAAAACUCAGCACCAGCCAGAUCAUCGCGAACAGUAGUUGGCUCCGAGUACCAAAUUGCUAUAAUGAAUCGAUUGGACGGUUCAUGAGAAUAGGUUAGCUUGUCGAUUUACCCAGUUUAGAACCGCUGUUACAUAGCGGUACAUCUCAUAAAAAAACGAAGUGGGAAUAAUAAUUUAUGAUUGGUUAAGCAAACCUUAGUUGAGCCA